GAACAUUUUUUUCAAUUCAGUAAAAUAAAUCUUGAAAAUGUUUUAGUCGAGAUUAGCGCAAGGACCAAAGAUGCCAGAUGCUAAUGCAAAAUGUUUCCAGAAAGUGACGCAUGUCAUCUUCGACAAUGAUGGAACGCUAAUGGAUUCCGAAAAGAUCUAUGCAAAGACGGUACAGAAUCUGCUCUCGCCUUUUGACCAAACCUUCACCGAUGAACUUAAAAUGCGCGGCAUGGGAAGGCCAUCCCAAUAUAUGGUGGAUCUAUUGAUCGAUUCUUACGACCUGCCCGUGGAGCGAAGUGAUUUAUUACAUCAAUAUGAAACGGAGGCCAAUCAAUUGCUGGAGAACGUGCCAUUGAUGCCAGGUGUAGAUGAUCUGCUGCGACAUCUCUAUGAUCAGCAUAUACCCAUGGCCAUAGCCACCUCCUCGCAUCGGGAUUCGUUUCGUAUCAAAGCUCGUCCUCAUUGUGAUUUGAUGUCCGUUUUUCAUCACGUUGUCUGCGGAAGUGAUCAGGAACUGAAAAGGGGAAAACCAGCUCCGGAUAUCUUUCUGUUAGCCGCAUCUCGUUUUAAGCCCCAGCCUCCGCCCCACUGUUGUCUGGUCUUCGAGGACUCGCCCGCUGGUCUUCGAGCAGGCUUAGCUGCGGGUAUGCAGGUUGUUAUGAUACCCGAUCCACUUGUCCCCGAAGAGGCCAGAAAGGGAGCCACACUUGUUUUACGAUCUAUGGAGGAAUUCCAGCCGGAGCUUUUUGGUCUACCCUAUAUCGACUAUAGCCCUAAAUUUUCCUUUGGUUAGUCAACUAAAUUUAUCAAAAUUAUCUGUGUAUUUCAAUAAAUUUUUAAAUAAAAAAUAAUA